AUGCACUCUCGUCUAGCCUCCCCUCUCGUGCUCCCUUGUCUCCUACCCAUCUUUCUCUCGUGCUCCCUCGCAUGCCGUGUUAUCCCCGGCCAAAGCCUCGAUUAUGGCAAUUCCCUCUCUCGUGCCAGGCCACUCAUUCCCUCUCCAUCCCUCUCGCACACCCCCUCUCAUACACACUCAUCCCCUCUCCAUCCCUCUCGCACACCCCCUCUCAUACACACUCAUCCCCUCUCCAUCCCUCUCGCACACCCCCUCUCAUACACACUCAUCCCCUCUCCAUCCCUCUCGCACACCCCCUCUCAUACACACUCAUCCCCUCUCCAUCCCUCUCGCACACCCCCUCUCAUACACACUCAUCCCCUCUCCAUCCCUCUCGCACACCCCCUCUCAUACACACUCAUCCCCUCUCCAUCCCUCUCGCACACCCCCUCUCAUACACACUCAUCCCCUCUCCAUCCCUCUCGCACACCCCCUCUCAUACACACUCAUCCCCUCUCCAUCCCUCUCGCACACCCCCUCUCAUACACACUCAUCCCCUCUCCAUCCCUCUCGCACACCCCCUCUCAUACACACUCAUCCCCUCUCCAUCCCUCUCGCACACCCCCUCUCAUACACACUCAUCCCCUCUCCAUCCCUCUCGCACACCCCCUCUCAUACACACUCAUCCCCUCUCCAUCCCUCUCGCACACCCCCUCUCAUACACAUUCAUCCCCUCUCCAUCCCUCUCGCACACCCCCUCUCAUACACACUCAUCCCCUCUCCAUCCCUCUCGCACACCCCCUCUCAUACACACUCAUCCCCUCUCCAUCCCUCUCGCACACCCCCUCUCAUACACACUCAUCCCCUCUCCAUCCCUCUCGCACACCCCCUCUCAUACACACUCAUCCCCUCUCCAUCCCUCUCGCACACCCCCUCUCAUACACACUCAUCCCCUCUCCAUCCCUCUCGCACACCCCCUCUCAUACACACUCAUCCCCUCUCCAUCCCUCUCGCACACCCCCUCUCAUACACACUCAUCCCCUCUCCAUCCCUCUCGCACACCCCCUCUCAUACACACUCAUCCCCUCUCCAUCCCUCUCGCACACCCCCUCUCAUACACACUCAUUUCCUCUCACACCCUCUCAUCACUUCUCGUUCCCUCUCAUCCCCUCAUCCCCUCUCAUCCCCUUUCAUAUCCACUCUCACUCCCUCUCACACACUCUCAUACAGUCUCAUCCCCUCUCAUCCUAUCUCACACACUCUCAUCCCUUCUCAUUUCCUCUCAUACCCUCUCAUCCACUCUCAUAUACUCACUUACACACUCUCAUCCCUCUCAUUCCCUCUCAUACACUCUCAGCCCCUCUCAUCCUCUCUCAUACACUCUUAUACACUUUUAUUCACUGUCAUCCCCUCCCAUCCACUAUCGUAUACACUCGCAUCCCCUCUCAUACACACUCAUACCCCCUAAUCCCCUCUCAUCCCCUCUUAUUUGCUCUCAUACACUCACUUACACACUCUCAUCCCUCUCAGUCCCUCUCAUACACUCUCAGCCCCUCUCAUCCUCUCAUACACUCUUAUACACUUUUAUUCACUGCCAUCCAGUCUCAUCCCUUCGCAACCCCUCUCAUCCACUCUCAUCCCCUCUCAACCCCUCUCAUUCACUCUCAUACACUCUCAUCCCCUCGCAUACACUCUCAUAGACUCUCAACCACUCUCAUUCACUCUCCUUUCACUCUCAUUCACUCUCAUCCCCUCACAACCACCCUCAUACACUCAAUGACACUCUCAUACCCUCUCAUACCCUCCCAUACACUAUCAUGUCCACUCUCACUCCCUCUCACACACUCUCAUAUAGUCUUAUCCCCUCUCAUCCUAUCUCACACACUCUCAUUCCCUCUCAUUUCCUCUCAUACCCUCUCAUCCCUUCUCGUUCCCUCUCAUCCCCUCUCAUCCCCUCUCAUCCCCUCUCAUACACUCUCAUACACUUACUUACACACUCUCAUCCCUCUCAUUCCCUCUCAUACACUCUUAGCCCCUCUCAUCCUCUCUCAUACACUCGUAUACACUUUUAUUCAUGAGCUUGUGGCGGUCGUGAGGAACAACAUGUUUCGCCUCAUACGUUCAAGCAAUUUUGAUGUGCAGGAAGAUGAUGCUGUCAACAUUUACAAGGGGAAGCUCUACCCAACUGCUGUAGCAGCAAGGGAGGAGGUGCGGUUGUACUGUAGGCAGCAGACGUUUGCUCCCUAUUUCCGCUAUAAUCGGUCGAAUCUCAUUGAGGUGUGGUGCAAGUCCAUGGAGGGCAAGGUAUGGCCUCGUGGGGAGGUGCACAGCGGAGAAGGGAUGUGUCCAUUUCGUGUUGUCAUACGGGGACCGCGCUAUAGUAACCUGCGGGUCACGGUGGCUAGUUUGGAUCACGCCGAUAUGUGUGUCACCGAGGCUGCAAGGAUUCGGAGGGAUGAGGUCAAAGAGGUUGCGCGUGAGAUGCUAAAGCAUGGCGACGUGAGACCUCAUGCGUUGAUCAGUCGUGUUAGGGCGGUUUUACGUGUGGAGUGCUCGUACACGGUUGCGCGCGAGGUGCUUUUUGAGCUAAGGAAUGCGGAUCCGUUUUGUGGAGACGAUGGGUUUCAAUACAUGGAGGACCUGGGAGGGGCAUGGAUAUCCGCCACAUCCACUUGUCUCCCCCUCAUACGGGAGUCCUUUUGCAUCACCCAUUUGGUUCGAAACUUCAAAAAUAAGUUCAGGACAGAUCUGGACGGACGAAUUCUUGCAGCAGCAGCAGCCUUGACACCGCAUGUGUAUCUCAAGACAAUGGAAAAGAUUGAGAUGGAAUGUCCCGGUGGAUCCUCCUACCUUGUCGACAAUGGAUUGGGUGUUAAGUGGGCGACAACUUAUUUUGGAGCACCGCGUUACGGAUGCUUGUCUUCUAACCCCGUUGAGUCUCAUCAUGCGUCGCUUUCGGGAUUGCGGGAUAAGAAUCCGCCGCAGGUGCUGCUGGGCUUGGCGGAAAAGCUAUCGACGAAGAUCGAAAAGAGGCGCCGACUCUAUUCCGAGAUGACAGCCGCUGACUUCCCUCCUAGGACAAAGCCAAUAGUCAUUGGGAAUCGCGAUGAGAGCAGAAGAUACAGGGUGGCUGAAUCGGGAGAGAACGAGUACAUAGUACGCGAAGGGGAGGAGAGGCGAGUCGUGACCAUAAACCCCGAGGAUCCUGCAGCCACCCACUGCUCAUGUGGCUACACCAAGUAA